AUGGACGGGGACGAGGAGACGGCGGCGACGGCGGCCGCCGGGAGUCAGGAAGACUACCUGGACGCCCUGCACGACUUCGUUCACCUGCAGCAGCGGCAGAUCACCUGGCUGGAGGAAAAUUUGCGGCAGCUGCUCGUGGCCGGCAGGAAGGUUAACGGGAAGGACAUCACGGAGCACGCGGAUGCGCUGCGGGCGUUCGAAACGUCUCCAGAGCCGAUUCUGGUGGAGGUGCGACGCUCGGGCAGCUGCCUGCACAACUCGGCGCUCAUGUCCACGGCCGUGCAGACCGAGGAACUCGACAGGGUCAUCUACGAACUGCCAGAGUGCGAGUUAGACGACGAUGACGACGAUAUCGAGUUCCUGCUCAACGACUCACUCGAUUAUGAGGUGGUGACCCUGAAUAAGAAAAAGGGCGAGUCGCUGGGCCUGAACCUGUGCUUCAGCGAGGCCGAGCCUCAGGAGGAGGCGGCGAGCAAAAGCGAGUGUUUCGUCUUCAUAGACUCGGUGGCCAAGGACGGACUGGCCGACAGGGAUGGCCGCAUCAGACCUGGCGACCAGGUCCUCCAGGUCAACGGCGUCAGCCUCACCAACCAGCAGCAAGCCAAAAAUCUUUUUGCCGAGAGCGAGAGUCUGCAGGAAGUGACCAUUCUCGUCUCCAGAUUCGCGUCAAAGGAGAUGGACGAUUACGAUUUCGUGUCGACGUCGUUUAUCAUCAAAAGUGGUGAGGAGGACGGCGCCGAGGAGGAGAACGAGGAGAAAAGCCAAGAAAGCUGUGAUCAAGAUAAUACUAUUAAGGCCCACGGGAACAAAUGUGACAAAUCGGACGAGGCGAAGAAGCUUGCAGAGCAGAGACUCAAAAUCAUCGACGAGCAGCUGUCGGCGCUGAGCAAGAAAAUGGCGGUGAUCACGCUGGACUCUGCGGUGCCGUGGGCAGGCGGCGGCGGCGUCGGCGGGACGGGAAUCGAGCCCAGUCCGGCGAUGCGUCCGUUCGGUGACUCGGAGAACGAGCACAUUUACGAGACGAUCUCGGAGGCUUCGGACGCCGAGCCCAUCUACUCGCUGCCCUACGAGCCGGGCAGGGUCAGCCUCAAGGGCCGCGAACUGUGGGUCGACGUCGAGCCGGUUAAAAAGCGAGACUCGCCCUCGUCGGACAAGGAGAAGGACAGCUCGAGCGCCUACAACACCGGCGAGUCGUGCCGCUCCAUCCCCCUCACCCUCGAUCUCAACAAGCAGCAAGCGAGCGCGAGCAGCGCAACUGCACAGCAACAAGACGACAAUGCCAUUUCCUGCGAGAGUUGCAGGCAGUGCAUGGGCCUGCCGCCGCUCGACAGUCCCUCGGCGGCGGACAGAGCCAAGAAGCAAGUCCCCAACACCAUGUACACAAACGCGGCCAACCUACAGAGGACAAUACAACUUCAGCAGGAAAUGUUUCGGCAAGCGCUGUCAACCAAGAAUAAACAGACAAGCCCCAAGUGCCCGACGACGCCAACGAAAAGUCAGCUGCAACCGGCGCCGCCGCCGCGGCUCUCGGCCAGCCAGGUGUACAGUCCGCCAAACCUGAACAAUUACCAGUUCGUCAGUGGGUAUGGAGUGGUGCGGUGCAGCAGCGGCAGGCAGGAGCAGAGGCCAAAGGUGCCAGAGAGGAGCAAGCCGCUCGAAGAGGAGCCCAUGAUGAUUUGGAAAGUGAAGAGAAAAGCCGACGGCACCAGAUAUAUUACCAGGAGGCCAGUGAGAAACAAAAUUCUGCAGGAGAGAGCACACAAGAUCUCAGAAGAACGAGCAGGACUGACGACAGAUGACGACACAAUGUCUGAAUUGAAGAUUGGCCGUUACUGGAGCAAGGACGAGCGGAAGAAGCACCUGGAGCGGGCCAGGGAGCGGCGGAAGAGGCAGGAAGCUGUGAUCAAGGAAAAGGAGCAGGGCAAGAGCAAAACGUGCGCGCCGCCGAAGCGGAGGGAGCAGCAGGGCCGCUGUCCACCGACCGCCGUGAUCGGCUGCAACAAAAUGGGCGGCAUUCUUUCUGUGACCACUGUGUAGCCAUCCAACUGUUCGUUGUUUUUCGAGACCAGAACUCGUUUACGUUUCGUUUCUGAACUGAACUGUAGAAGCAAGCGACCUACCUUUCUUUCCACCUGCACACACGUGUAUUUUCUUUUUAAGGACCCACAUACACAGAUACACACACACCGGCAUUUCUCAGACUUUAGCAAACACCCACCAGUGAGCUUUGUGAAUAAUAAAUGAAUAUAUUAAUCUACAAAAAU